AUGGGGAAUCGGAAGAGAAAGCUCAGUUCCGACGAGUCCAGAUCCCACGGCAAUGGCAUGGCCGAGACCUUGUCCCGUGUGCAAGGCGACACCCCGAGCACUGAAGGCUCAAACAGCAGUGCGAUAAAGAAGCGGAAGAGAGUGGACGGUGAGAAGGUGAAAUACCCAGAUCUCACCUAUGCGGAAGGAAAGCUGCAGUCAUCCAUCCGAAUCGCAGAUCUGCAGGGCUUACUUCUCUACUGCUUCGCCGAUGGAAUCGCACCGCAAUGGAUCUCGAUGAAGCAUUCUGGCCAUGUGCGCAAGGUGGUUGUACUGAUGGUACCAGGACUAGAGAUGGGCAUGUUCGAUGGAACCAUUCCUGUGGAACCGGCCAAGGAGAACUCGGAGGAAACAAAGCCCAACCAACCGCCACCCACCGAAUCGCCAGAAGACGACAGGGCAGCCGAUUUCGAACGAUGGAAACAAGGUCUGCCACAGGAAGACCGUUCGCACCGCUUCAAUCCUCGUCCUCUCAUUCGUGACAACCUGGCGCAGCCCCUUCAGCCGUUGGCAGACAUCUUCCCACACAUUUGGCCCGUCAAAGCGCCGGGCGACAACAAAUACAACAAGGUCCACUCACCAUUGCAGGCCAUUCUGCUGUCCUCGGCUCCCAAAUCCAAGAAUGACGAGUCCCGUGGAAAGGGCGCACGCCCUGCGAAAGUCGAGAAAGGCUUUGUCCCUAAGCGGACGCCAAUCACCGCCUUCGUCACCUCCCGCGAAGAUCUCCAAGACAGCGACUACAUACUGCACCCUGCGUUUUUCACAUCGGAGGAGGAGAAGUCUUCCCAGGCGGAGGCUCGUCGACGAAGUGGAAAUGCAGCGGAACAUGGAUGGGUGGACACUCAAGUUUCGACGCUGGAAUCCGCCGAGGUGCCGGACGCGGAGAUUGAAAAGGGCAGCAUGACUGCUGGACGGGAUGUUUUCGCCCUUGAUUGUGAAAUGUGCAUCACAGAAGGGGGCAUUCAGAACUCACACGUAUCAGCAUGGUUCGUUGGGACGGCGACGUGGUUCUGGAUGAGCUGGUUAAACCCGAUCGGCCUGUGA